UCUUAUAGACAGAAUUAUGGAGUUCUCUGGUACAUUGAUCUUGGCAGGGCUAAUCUUAGCCCUACUGUGGCUGUGGAGUAUGAAGAAUCGUAGAAAGUACCCUUUACCUCCAGGGCCCACUGGACUCCCUCUCAUAGGAAACCUAUUGCAGGUGGACAAACAUGUGCCUUUCAAAAGCAUGCUGAAGCUCAGUGAAAAAUAUGGACCUGUGAUGACUUUGCACUUAGGCUGGCAGCGGGUUGUGGUUCUGGUAGGAUAUGACACUGUGAAGGAGGCACUGGUGGACCAGGCAGAUGACUUCGUAGGCAGGGGGCCGGUGGCACUCCUCCUCAAAGUUACCAAGGGCUAUGGUUUGGCAAUUAGUAAUGGAGAUCGUUGGCGCCAAUUGCGACGUUUCACCCUCACAACACUUCGAGACUUUGGGAUGGGACGCAAAGGGAUGGAAGAGUGGAUCCAAGAAGAGAGCCAGCAUCUAGUGACUCACAUAGGUACAUUGAAAGCUGCGCCCUUUGAUCCCAGGUUCCUCUUGAGCUGCACAGUGUCCAAUGUAAUCUGCUGCCUGGUGUUUGGCCAACGCUUCAGCUAUGAUGACGAACGCUUUCUCAGUCUUCUCAAAAUAAUUUCUGAAAUUCUUAAAUUUGGCAGCAGUCCUCUCGGUGGGAUGUACAAUGUCUUUCCCUGGCUCAUGGAACGUUUGCCAGGACACCAGCACACCGUUUUCUCCCAGGCUGAGGAGGUGAAAAAGUUUAUCAUGACGAAGAUCCAGGAGCACAUGGAAACAAUAAACCCCAGUGUUCCAAGAGAUUACAUUGACUGCUUCCUCACACGACUCAGUCAGGAAAAGGACACACCCACAUCAGAGUUUCACUAUGACAACUUGGUGUCUACAGUGUUGAAUCUGUUCCUGGCAGGAACAGAGACCACCAGCACAACUAUCAGAUAUGCACUCAGCGUACUCAUCAAAUACCCCAACAUACAGGAGAAAAUGCAGCAGGAGAUUGACACUGUCAUUGGACAAGAGCGUUGUCCCAGUAUGGAGGAUAGGAAAUCCCUCCCUUUCACAGAUGCAGUUAUCCAUGAGGUGCAGCGUUACCUGGACAUUGUCCCCUUCAGCGUCCCUCACUACGCUCUCCAGGACAUCUGUUUCAGAGGCUAUAUAAUUCCCAAGGGCACAGUUAUCCUUCCCAUGCUGCACUCUGUACUGAGAGAAGACAAGCAGUGGGCAACCCCAUGGUCCUUCAAUCCCCAGCACUUCCUGGACCAGAAUGGCAACUUUAAGAAAAAUCCUGCAUUUCUGCCAUUUUCUGCAGGAAAGAGAGCCUGUGUUGGAGAGUCUCUGGCUCGCAUGGAAUUAUUCCUUUUCCUGGUAGCUCUGCUGCAACGCUUCACCUUCUCCUGCCCUGGAGGCCCUGACAGUGUAGACCUCAGUCCCGAGUACAGCAGCUUCGCCAAUCUGCCCCGCAGACACCAAAUCAUCGCCACCCCCAGAUGA